AUGGGCUUCCAGUAUCGGACCUAUAGGGACUUGCGCUUUUGCCGAAAAGCCGCCGAAAUUCGGACAAUGUCUGGUCAGGGCCACGCUCUGAGCGUCACGAUCGGCAGGAGCGACGAGGCGGACGGGGACCGCAGGGAUGGGCAGGCGCGCGGCAGGGCUGGCGAGGCGCGCCGCAGGGACGGCGCGGCCGGCAAACCGGCACUCUUCGACGACGAGGCGCACAGCCUGAGUCCGCCGAGCGACAAGGGCGGGUCUCCAUUCCUAGGCCGACCUUUCCAGCUGGACGGGCAGGGCGCGUCCACACUGAGCAUCGCGACCAGCAGCAGGGACGCCGAGGCGCUCUUCGGCGACGACGCGCACCGCCUGAGCCCGAUAAGCGAGAAGGCGCCCGACGAGGAGCCGUUCUUGGGCCCGUCCCAGCUGGACGAGACGCAGGGUGGUUGCCGCCCCUUCCCCGUCCCCGCCCGCGUCCCCGUCAAGGCCGACAAGGCGCUCUUCGAUGGCAUCCAUGAGAACGCCGCGUCGGUUCACUCGGCGCUGAACCAGCCAAAGCAGCUCGAGCAGCUCCUCCAGUGGAACAGCGCGGCCGCGAACCAGCGGGACCCAGACGGAGACCGGCGGCCCCUGCACUGGGCGGCCGCGCGCGGCAACACGAAAUGCGUCGAACUGCUCUUGCACGCGGGCGCCGAUCUCCGCGCCGUCGAUGCAACCGGCCAGACGGCGGUGCAGCUGGCGCGGCCGCACCUGGAGGUCGUUGCUCUGCUGUCGGCGUGGGUGAGGAAGGCAGGGCGUUCAUAGUACGGCGCUCUCUGGCGCUCUGGCCCGUGGGCGGUGCGGCGUGGUCCCACCCGUCUGUGCUCGGUCAACGUGCCUGCCGGGUGUCCCAUGCGGUCACUCUGUGCUCUGUCUACGCAUGCCGUCCUUCCUGUCUGUGUCUGCGAGUACCGCACAUGUAACCACCGUCACUCUUGGUCUACGAAAAA